AUGUCUUUCACGACAAAUAUUAAAUCAAUUGAUUCAUUUCCAUCAAUAUCUUCAUUACAUACUCAAACAAAUAAAAAAUCAAAAUUUCAUAAAAUUAUUCAAUUCUUUCUUUCUUUCAAUAUUGAUCAAAAAGAAGCAGAUGAAAAUCCUCAUCAACAUGCUAAAUUAGUAUUACGAGCAUUUUUUAUUUAUAUGAUUUUCGUUAGUAAUAUAUUUAUUGUUGCUAUUUUAUCUCAAUCACAACAUUAUUUUUUAAUUACAAAUACAUUUGAAUAUCAUUUAAUAAAUGCUCAAUUUUCUGUUAAAUCUACUUGGCUUGAACGAGAUCUUCGUUCUAAUCCAUAUAAAAAUGCACGAAAUAAAUAUCGAAAAGCAUUUGAAAUUAAUUUUCAUCAAAUUGCAACCUUUGAAGAUAUAUGGCAAUUUAUGAAUGAAACAAUUGGUAAUGUUUUUUAUCGUUCACAUAUAUGGAAAUCAAAUCCAAGUGUUACAUCACAACGUUCAAUUCGUUGGAUACUUGAUCAUUUUUUAAUGAUAGGUGUUAUUCGAAUGAGACAAGUUCGUGUUAAAGCGGAAAAAUGUAAUAUACCAAAAUCAUAUUCUGAUGAAAUAACUGAUUGUUAUCCAUCAUAUUCAUCAGAAAAGAAAGAUACAGAUCCUUUUGGUCCUAUCACACUUAGUGAUAGUACAAAUAUUAAUUUAAAACAAGCAUGGCGUUAUAUGACACUCGAUGAAACCCAAAUGGAUUCAUAUACUGGUCAAUAUGGAAAAUAUGAUGGUAGCGGAUAUGUUGCAGAUCUUGCUCAAUAUGAUAGAACAAAUAAACAUUUUACAAAUGAUUUAAAUGAAUUAGAAAAAUUUCAUUGGCUUGAUAAAGCAACUCGAGCUUUAUUUAUUGAUAUAAUAAUAUAUAAUCCAAGUGUUAAUUUAUUUUCUUAUAUAAAACUUGUUUUUGAAAUGCCAUUAACAGGUGGAAUUUUUCCAUCGUAUAAAAUUGAAAAUAGACAAUUAUUAAGAUAUGUUAGUUCAAUGAAAUAUAUUCUAAUAACAUGUGAAGUUAUUAUUGUGACAUUUACUAUUAUAUUUCUUAUUAUGGAGAUUGUAAAAAUAAUACAAAUGAAAUUAAAAAUAUUUCUUAAUUUUUGGAAUUGGAUUGAUCUAAUUCUAUUAAUAAUCUCGAUUUUAUUGAUAAUUGUGAAUAUAAGACGUCUUUUUAUUAUUAAUUCAACAUUAAAUGGUCAAAUGUCAAUAUAUAUAUCAACAUUUGAUACUUUAACUAUUAAAUUACUUCGUCUUCAACGAAUAUUUGAUACUUUAAGUGUACUUCUUACAUCAAUUAGUAUUAUACGUAUAUUAAAAUAUUGUGAUUUUUCUAUCACACUUAUUCGAAUAAAAGCAACAAUUCAAAGAUGUUUUGGAGAUCUUAUUGGUUUUCUUGUUAUGUUUGUUGCAAUUAUGAUAGCUUAUGCACAAUUUGGUAAUCUAACACUUGGUCAACAAGCACCAGCAUUUUCAACUAUUGGUAAAGCAUUCGUUGCACUUUUUCGUACUGUCCUAGGUGAUUUCGAUUAUGAAGAUAUCAGUAAUGCUUCACCAUAUAUAGGACCAUUAUUUUUCUUUCUAUAUAUCUUCUCAAUGAUUUUUAUGCUAUUCAAUAUGGUUUUAGCUAUUAUAGUUGAUUCAUAUGAAGAAUUAGGUAAUGAACAUCGUGAUAUAAUUAAUGAAAUGUUAAUCGAUGUUACACCAUUUAUAAAACAUUCAAUUCAAAUAUUUUUUGAAAGACUUCGUAUUUGGAAAAAAGUCAAAGUUAUUAUACAAUUUAUAAUGCGUGCAGAAGAUUUAUCAAAUACAAGAACAGUUCGUGAUCUUCUACAAGAAUUAAAAUAUUCUGCAACAUCAUCAUCAUCAAUCUAUGAAGAACUUCGACGUACAUUUGCACAUGAUAUGACAAAAUUAAUAUCGAAAAGCGAUUUUGACACAUUUUUAAAAUAUGCACAUAAUGAUAAAGAUCGACAACGUCAUACAUUACAAAGUUUAUUUCUUGGAAAUAAAUUAUUUAUAAAUUUUAAUGAAGAACAAGAAUGGAAUGAACAUGCAAGACAUUUUUGUACAAUACAACAAUGGGCACAAUUACGUUAUAGAAUUGCACGUUUAGAAGAAUUAUUUGAUUUAAUUGAAGGAAAAAUUGAUUAUGUAAUACAAAUAUCAGAUAAUUUACUUCGAACUAAGAUAAUAUCACGCGAAAGAUUAGAAAAAAAUGAGAAUGUAUAA